ACUAAAUGUAGUGAUUUUUCUUUAAAUGUAGUGAUUAGUUCCCUUAUUUUAGGAGGAGUAUGAGGAUGAAAAAACAUCUCUUAAUUUCAUGGUAAAUUUUAUUAUUAUGCAACAUGUUUUUACUUUUCUUUCUUUGAGAUUCCUCACUGCCUUUCUCCUAAAGGAAUCAAUACUUGGGAGAUCGGCGGAACCUGCGUAACUUAUUCUAACGCAGAUCGUGACAAAGACUUUUAUAAAAAUGUCUUCGUCAUCGAAUGGGGACUCUCCAUCAUCAAAUUCAUCAUCAUCUCCACCAAAUAAUUCAAAUAACAAUUCAUCAUCUGGAAAAGAUAAUAGCUCUUCUUCUAAUGGUAAUAGUAAUAAUAGUAAUAAUAAUAAUAGUAACAACAAUAACAAUAAUUCAAACUCUCAAUCUCCCCCUUCUAACAACGAUUCAUCCUCUGGAAAAGAUAAUAGCUCCUCUUCUUCAAAUAAUAACAAUAACAACAACAACAAUAAUAACAAUAACAAUAAUAAUUCAAACUCUCAAUCUUCUCCUUCUAAUAACAAUAAUUCGUCAUCUGGAAAAGAUAAUAACUCUUCUUCAAAUGAUAACAACAACAAUGGUAAUAACAACAACAGUAACAACGACAACGACAACGACGAUGACAACAACAGUAAUAAUAACAAUAACAACGAUAACAAGUCACGUUCUCCACCAAAAUCAUCAGACUCAUCAAAAGGAGGAUCAUCUCCUCCUCCUCCUCCUCCUCCUCCUCCUCCGCCUCCUCCAUUUUCUCCACCAUCACAUUUUUCUCCAAACUCUAGACCUCUUGCCCCUCCAAAGCCUCAAUCAGCAAAGUCAGACAGUAAGGAUAACAAAGCAGCACUCAGGAUCGGAGUCGCAGCUGGAGCAGGAUUAUUAUUUCUUGUCAUGCUAGUUUUCCUCAUCUCUUGUUGUAAGCGGAAAAAGAAAAGAAAGCAUGAUCAAAUGGGCUACUACAGAGACAAUUCUCAUGGAGCCAUGAAUAAUCAUUACUAUAGCAACACUGGACAACAUACCAACAAUUGGCAGACUAACAACAAACUUCAAUCAACUGACCAAUUUCACAAGAUGCCUCCUCCAGGGAGUGGUCAAGUAAGUUCAGAGCAUAGUUGGCCAAUAGCACCACCACCACCACCACCGAUGAUGAGUAGUAGUGAAAUGAGCUCGGCGGCUUUCUCUGGUCCACAUCAACCUGCUCAACCACCUCCACAUCCAGCAAUGGCUCUUGGUUAUAAUCAAAGUAGUUUCACUUAUGAUGACUUAGCAGUUGCAACUGGAGGAUUUACUAAAGACAAACUAUUGGGACAAGGUGGUUUUGGAUAUGUACAUAAAGGAGUGUUGCCUAAUGGUAAAGAAAUUGCUGUAAAAAGUUUGAAAUCUAAUAGUGGACAAGGAGAAAGAGAGUUUCAAGCAGAAGUUGAAAUUAUUAGUCGUGUACAUCAUCGACAUCUUGUGUCUUUGGUUGGGUAUUGCAUUGCUGGAUCUCAAAGGAUGUUGGUCUAUGAAUUUGUUGCUAAUAGCACUCUUGAAGAUCACCUUCAUGGAUCUGGUCGUCCUCCUAUGGAUUUCAAUACAAGACACAGAAUUGCAUUAGGAGCUGCCAAAGGUUUUGCUUAUCUUCAUGAAGAUUGUCACCCUAAAAUUAUCCAUAGAGACAUCAAAGCUGCAAAUAUCCUAUUGGACGAAAAUUUUGAAGCAAAGGUGGCUGAUUUUGGACUAGCUAAGCUCUCAUCUGACAACCAUACUCAUGUAUCCACCCGUAUCAUGGGAACUUUUGGGUACUUAGCACCAGAGUAUGCUUCAAGCGGAAAGCUAACUGAAAAGUCUGAUGUUUAUUCAUACGGAGUUAUGCUUUUGGAACUUAUAACUGGACGUCGUCCAAUUGACAUGGAUGGUGACGACGAUACUUUAGUUGAAUGGGCAAGACCUAUUUUAAUUCGUGCAACAGAAGGCGGAAAUUAUGAUGAAUUAAUAGAUCCACGCUUAGAGGGAAACUUUGAUGCCCAACAAAUGUUAUGUAUGGUGGCAUGUGCUGCUGCAACAAUCAGACAUUCUGCAAAAAGACGUCCAAAAAUGAGCCAGGUUGUACGUGCUUUAGAAGAUGAUGUUACCUUGGACGAUUUGAAUGAGGGAGGAAAAUUGGGUCACAGUGCAACUCUCAGUUCUGGAAGUUCUGAACCAGAUGGAGGUUCAUAUGAUUUAAAGAAAUUCAGAAAAUCCAGCAUGUCGAGUCAAGAAUACUCAAGCAGUGAGAACGGUGAAUCUCGUGAAUUUCGUCAAAACAAGAAGUAAACA